AUGCCAAAACCAAAGCCAAUUGAAUCAGACCAGAGUGGUAGAGAUAAUAGUAAUAGGAGUCAGCAUUGCCAUUCAGUGUUGAGCCCCAUAGAGAAUCUUAGUCAAUGGAAGGAGGUAAAAGCGAAAGCAAUUCCUUUAGCUUCGAAUCACCAAGAGAAGGAGAAUAUGAAUGCUGAGCAAGAUUUCAACAUACCAAUUAGUCCAGAGCCUACACUGAAGCUGUCAAAACACUUCAGAAGAAGACCACUUGGGUCCAAUGACCUAAAGCUUGUUGACCAAGAAAAUGGGGUUGACACUAGCCUUUCGAGCUGGUUGGUUGAAUGUGAAACCACACCCAAGUCGAAUGCUAGUGAAAAUUCUGUCGGGAACUUGAUGUGUGAGGGAGUGAGUUCAUCAAGAAGACUUGGAGAUAGACCAAUUUUAGGAGCAUGGACUAGUGAAGAGCUUAAGCAGUUGUCUAAUUCUUCUACUCUAAACCAGUCGCGAAGCCUGAGUCCUGAUCAAAUACCGAUCAUAGGGACUGUAGGGAGCUACUGGAGUCACACUGGUCAGGCCACGGAUUCAGACUCAAACUCUUCCAGCAGAGGAAUGGAAAACAAAGCAGGGAGGAACAGAGAGGAUGAGAAAGUGAAAUGGAAGACUAUACCAUUCGAGGCAAAAUUGGAGAGAGUUUUAGAUAUGGGCAUACUUGGAGCUUAGCACAUCUUCUGUUUGAAUUCCAGUGUGAAGUCAAUUUGUCUAUUGGAU